CAAAGCCGCACACACACAAACACAGAGGCUGCACCUCUAGGGGGACUCCAGACUUCAGUGGAUAGUAGCAGCGAGUGAAGCAGCAUGAAGACGAACGUGACAGUAUCAGCAGCGUGUGCGAGAAUGUAACCAUCGCCCCAGUCAGUCACUCGCCGUACACACACGCUCUCGGACGAGCGACAGUUCCACUCCGUGAUUUCGCUACAGAAGCACGUUGCGCUGCUGAUUCAUGGGGGCUUUCGACUCGGGUGGCUGAGAGAUGCAGAGAUCUUGGCGCAAAACAAGGAUAUUCUGUUGACCCUGUGCUUAAGUGGGUGUCGCGGAACUUGACAAACCCUGAGCUCAGAAAAAUGCUGGUAAUAUUAGCUCUCUACACUAGAGUAAAUGCAGUGCCUUGCUAAAGAGAGCAGUGCCGCCACACAAAGGGGAAGCCGCACAGAAUGUCUUGGGUCAAUGGCUUUAAAGCUGCAAGAGUGGACAACCAUAAGACGGCAUGGGGUGAGCGCAAUGGCAGGAAGUCGAGGCGUAAACGGGGCUCGUCCCUGUGCAACCCACGCUACAUGAGCUGUCUACGGGACCCCGAGUCUAUGGAGUCCCCUUCUCAGCACUACUCCCGUGCAGCAGGGGGCGCCACCAGCAGCAACUUCAGCACACGCUGCGUUUGGCAGGAGGACCAUUAUGGCCGAAAGGGUGAUGUGGGUCUGAGAGCCGUGGACCUGGCGUUUGACGAUUCAGAUGCGAGGCAAACGAAAGACGGCGAAGACCCCGAUGAUGGCGGAGAAGAGAGGAAGGGUCCCGACCGGUGUUUUUUGACUUGCUUGUUGCGUCUGGCUCAUGUUUUCCAGUCCAAAAAGUUUAAAUCUGCCAAGCUCGAGCGACUGUAUCAGCGGUACUUUUUCAGGCUCAAUCAGAGCUCUCUCACAAUGCUCAUGGGGGUCCUGGUUGUGGUGUGCGGGGUUAUGCUGGUAUUCCACUGCGUCCAGGGUCCACCGGAUGUGGCGUUCACCUCGGUGCUCUCUGUAGCCAUGGGCCUGUUCUUAGCCUUGAUGGUGGUUUGUAACAGAAAUGGCUUUCACCAGGACUACAUGUGGAUCGUGAGCUAUUUGGUCAUGGCAGUGUUAGUGGUGGUGCAGGUGUUUGGCUUGUUGAUGGUGGAUCCACCCAGUGUGUCUGAAGGGAUAUGGUGGACGGUGUUCUUCAUCUACAUCAUCUACACGCUGCUGCCCGUGCGAAUGAGAGCAGCUGUGAUCACUGGAGUGGUGCUGUCCACCAUUCAUAUGAUCAUGGCAUGGAGACUCAACCUUAAGGAUUACUUCCUUACCAAACAGUUAUGUGCCAAUGGGGUGAUUUUCCUGUGCACCAACAUCAUUGGCAUCUGUACACACUACCCAGCAGAGGUGUCUCAGAGACAGGCCUUCAAGGAGACCAGAGGAUACAUCCAAGCCAGAAUACACCUUCAGAGAGAGAACCAGCAGCAGGAGCGCCUGCUGCUCUCUGUGUUGCCAAGGCACGUUGCCAUGGAGAUGAAGGCAGACAUCAACGCCAAGAAGGAGGAUAUGAUGUUUCACAAGAUCUACAUCCAGAAGCACGACAACGUCAGUAUCCUGUUUGCGGACAUCGAGGGCUUCACUAGUUUGGCAUCUCAGUGCACGGCUCAGGAGCUUGUGAUGACCCUUAAUGAGCUGUUUGCUCGCUUUGAUAAAUUGGCUUGGGAAAACCACUGUCUGCGGAUCAAGAUCCUGGGGGACUGUUAUUACUGUGUGUCUGGACUUCCGGAGCCGAGGGCAGAUCACGCACACUGCUGUGUGGAGAUGGGGGUGGACAUGAUUGAGGCCAUCUCACUGGUGCGAGAGGUCACAGGAGUCAACGUGAACAUGCGCGUGGGGAUACAUAGCGGCCGUGUGCACUGCGGGGUGCUCGGCCUACGCAAAUGGCAGUUUGAUGUCUGGUCCAACGAUGUCACACUGGCCAACCAGAUGGAAGCGGGAGGUCAAGCAGGGCGGAUCCACAUCACCAAAGCCACACUGCAGUAUUUAAAUGGUGACUAUGAAGUGGAACCAGGUUUUGGAGGAGAGAGAAAUGCUUAUUUGAAGGACAACAACAUUGAGACGUUUUUUGUGCUGGGAUGCAGUCAGAAAAGGAAAGAGGAAAAAGCAAUGAUGGCUAAGAUGCAGCGCGCUCGAGCCAAUUCUUCAGAGGGUCUGAUGCCACGGUGGGUUCCUGACAGAUCUUUCUCCAGGACUAAAGAUUCCAAAGUCUUCAGACAGAUGGGCAUAGAUGAAGCCUCCAGCAAAGAUAACCGCUGUGCGCAAGAGGCUCUGAACCCAGAGGACGAGGUCGAUGAGUUUUUAGGUCGUGCCAUCGAUGCUCGCAGCAUUGACCAGCUGCGGAAAGACCACGUCAAGAAGUUCCUGCUCACAUUCCAAACACCUUUUCUGGAGAAAAAGUAUUCCAAAAAGGUGGACGAUCGUUUUGGUGGUUAUGUGGCCUGUACACUUGUUGUCUUUUGCUUUAUUGUUUUUAUACAAAUCAUCGUAUUUCCACAUACACCGUUAAUGCUGGGCAUGUUCAUCAGCAUCUUUAUUAUUCUUGCACAUGUCCUCUUUGUAUGUGCCAUUUACUCCUGUGUUAAGCUUUUCCCAGUUACCUUGCAGACAGUGUCAAAGAGGAUCGUUCAGUCCCGUGUCAACAGCACACUCGUCGGAGUCUUUACAAUUCUGCUUCUUUUCAUCUCUGCCUUUGUUAAUAUGUUUACCUGUGACCAGGAGGAUCUGCUAAAAUGUGUGGCUGCACAGUUGAAUGUUUCUGAUUCAGUCACGCCGUGUAUGCUGUAUAAUCUGACCGGACUAGUAGAGGACCCCUUCAUCUUCUGUCUCGGGCAGCCUUCAGCAUGUCCUUUACCCGAGUAUUUCACAUACAGUGUGCUGCUGACUCUGCUGUGCUGCUCAGUGUUCCUGCACAUCAGCAGUAUAGGCAAACUGGUCCUCAUGCUCUUCAUCCAGGUCAGCUUCCUGCUGUUAGUGGAGUGGCCUCUAGUCACUCUGCUGGACAACGCCGACCUGCUCGUCACCGCCAAUGCAAUGUAUUCUUUCAAUGAAACAAAUUAUUGCCAGGAAACGGUGACUAAAGUGUCUCUGAGGGUGUCGAUUCCAGUCAUCCUCACUGUAUUUGUACUGGCUCUCUAUCUGCACGCACAGCAGGUCGAGUCCACCGCACGCCUUGACUUCCUGUGGAAGCUACAGGCCACUGAAGAGAAAGAGGAGAUGGAGGAGCUGCAGGCUUACAACCGUCGUCUCCUUCACAACAUCCUGCCCAAAGAUGUGGCUGCCCACUUCCUCGCGCGAGAACGUCGAAACGAUGAGCUCUACUACCAGUCCUGUGAAUGUGUGGCCGUAAUGUUUGCCUCCAUCAGCAACUUCUCAGAGUUUUACACUGAACUGGAGGCCAACAAUGAGGGUGUGGAAUGCCUGAGACUCCUCAAUGAGAUCAUCGCCGACUUUGAUGAGAUCAUUUCUGAAGAGAAAUAUAAACAGUUGGAGAAGAUCAAAACUAUUGGUAGUACUUACAUGGCAGCAUCUGGAUUGAACGACUCUACGUACGACAAAGAGGGCCGCACACACAUUCUAGCUCUGGCUGACUAUGCCAUGAGGCUACGAGAACAGAUGAAGUACAUCAACGAACACUCAUUCAACAACUUUCAGAUGAAGAUAGGUUUGAACAUUGGGCCAGUGGUUGCUGGUGUGAUUGGAGCCAGAAAGCCUCAGUAUGAUAUAUGGGGCAACACAGUGAAUGUGGCCAGUCGCAUGGACAGCACAGGUGUUCCUGAUCGUAUCCAGGUGACCACUGACUUAUACCAUGUACUAGAAAGUAAGGGCUACCAGCUGGAGUGCCGUGGACUGGUGAAAGUGAAGGGGAAAGGAGAUAUGACCACUUACUUCCUCAACAGUGGUCCUGUCUGCAGUUAACACUGACCAAAUGCCUCUCAAUGCACUGAAAUGAAGGAUGGACAGCAAAAGGCUCCGAAUGGGAUUUGAGCAGAUCCAAAUAUAACCACUCACAAGUUCUCUCGCUCACAAGCAUUAGUGGGCGUGUGUGGUAUUUAUAUAUGCACCUAUUGGGAAUAAUGAGGAACGCUCUACCUGGAAGAUUUAAUGAAGAACUGUUGCCUUAGAUGGAGAUGGCUUUGAAGAAAGCUUGGUUUUCUUUUUUUAUUUUGUGGGAAAGACUUCUUCCAUACCAAAAUUUAAAUUCUUUAUUUAUUUUGACAGGUUUUAAACUGUGUAAAUAAAAAAAUGAUUAUAUAUGCAAGCAUCAAGAAGCAAGAAGAAACUGACCAAAGAACAAAGUAUUUGAUAUAGGAACACUACACACGCCUGGGAAACUGUUUAAAAUGUCUGAACAAGUGUUAUUCAGUUGUCUGGUUUUCCUUUUUUGGCCUCCUGUCACUCUCUACCACACCGUAUUCUAUUGUAAACACUAAAGCAAAAAACAUCUGUCUUCAUUGAAGGCCGUAGAAACAGGAAUCCUAAUACAAGUGACUUGUAUUUACAGUUCAUAUGAUUUAUGAGUGAUCAACAUGUUUUUCCCUUUUAGUGUUUGUGUACAAAUGAGGUAAAUGAAGGACAAGAAUGGUACUGGACAAAUUUUGCUUGGUCAUUUGUUCAUUUAUGUGUGUGGACGGUGUGUAAAUGUGUGUCUGUUAUCUUUAAAAGGGCAUAAUAGCUCACUGUGAGGUUUAUAAAAUGAAUUUAAAAUAGCUUUUUGCCAGAUUAAGUGCUAAUUAGAUUCAAUUCUUUGCAUUUAUGUGUUAAUUUGUUAACUGAUGUCAUUUCUCUCUCAUUUGAGUUUAUAAAAGUAUUACACAAAUUUCAGCUCGUAAUUCAUUCCUGUGUAAAUCAAUGAAAAAAUGAACACAAGUAGACUUCAUAUAAUUCCAACACAGUAUGGUCAGCAAUGGUAUAGUCUUCUCAAGACCCUUGUAAAUAUGUGUAAAUGUGCUGACAGAGGCCCGUUGGGCUUAACGUUUGCUGACAAAAGUGGCUGGACUGCAAAGUUGUUCGUUUGACAGUGUUCAGCAUAAGUCCAUUUCAGCAUUUCCUCAUGAGCAGCCUUAGUCAUGCUUGCACAUUUGUCAACAAUGUUUUUUCUUUUUUUUUUUUUUUAA